ACACAUUUGCGAAAUACAAAACUUUCGUUGCCGCCAUUUCGUACAAUUUUAUUGUAUUUAAAAUUUAAAAGCUGUACACAUCUUAAUAUUGCGCUAUUAAUUUGAUACAUCAAAACAUGCAAGCUUUUUUAAAGACGGGGAAAUUGUCUGCAACCGAUAGGCCGUCAACGUCAGGUUCAAAACCUACGAAGAAGAAACCACCGGCACCAUGGGUUGAAAAAUAUCGACCUAAAACAAUUGACGAUAUAGUUGAUCAAGGUGAAGUUGUACAAGUUUUAAGGGAAUGUUUAUCGGGUGGUGAUUUACCUCACUUAUUAUUCUAUGGACCUCCCGGAACUGGUAAAACUAGUGCUAUUCUAGCAGCUGCAAGGCAGCUCUUUGGUGAUAUAACCCGCGACCGUGUGUUGGAGCUAAAUGCCUCGGAUGAACGUGGCAUACAAGUAAUGAGGGAUAAAGUCAAAUCGUUUGCUCAACUAACUGUCAGUAAUACCAAAGCAGAUGGCAGACCGUGUCCUCCAUAUAAGUUGGUUAUCCUGGAUGAGGCAGAUUCAAUGACGACAGCAGCUCAAGCAGCACUACGUAGGACCAUGGAGAGGGAAACACGCACAACUCGGUUCUGUCUUAUCUGCAACUAUGUGUCCAGAAUCAUACCACCCAUCACUAGCAGAUGUUCAAAGUUCAGGUUCAAGCCGCUAGCAAAAGAAAAUGUUAUUAAAAGGUUACAGGAAGUUUGCAGUGCAGAGGGUGUGGAUGUUGGUGAUGGUGAAGUGCUUCAGCAGGCUGUACACACUUGUGAUGGUGAUUUGCGGCGAGCACUCACCGCCCUGCAAUGUUGCCAGCGUUUACUUGGCAAAGUUACCGCUGAUGGAUUAAUUGAGGUGACUGGUUUAGUUCCCGAUAAUUUGGUCAAUGAAUAUUUAAGCAUCAAGAAUUAUAAUGAGCUAGAGAUAUUUGUUAAGAAGUUCCUAAUGGACGCAUAUUCUGCAUCACAGCUGCUGGAACAGUUGAGCGCGGCGGUCGUCUGUGCGGGCCAUCUGACCAACAAGCAGAAGUGUGUGAUCAGCGAAAAGCUGGCAGUCUGUUCACACCGCUUGCUGGAUGGUGGCGCAGAGUUCAUGCAGCUCACAGACCUCGGUUGUACCAUCAUCAUGGCUAAUAACAAUCCCUGAUUUUAUUAUAAGAGAUUAUGUCCUUGUAAGUUUGAUUUGAUAAAUAAAAUGAAUAA